UCAAACCCUUUUCUUUGGAGGUAGAAGGACCACAAGAUCCUGUGCUUGCAGGGACUACAGUUCAGCUUCUGUGUACUGUAGAGGGCGCUAAGCCCGCAGCGAAAGUCACUUGGUAUAACCAGUCGAAAGUAGUGGAACCUCAACCUAAGUCAUACUCUGAAUUAACGAACGACGGUACUUUUAAAACAGUCAGUGUGCUUGAGAUCAUUGUUUCUCACUUUGAUCACCAGGGGACGUUUUAUUGUAAAGGCACCAAUCCAGUGUUAGAGAAGAACAGAGAAGUGCCAUUAUUGAAGUCAGUUGACUUGCAGAUCUUGUAUCAACCGAUUACGAUGGUUCAACCAACUGAAGGUUUAGUCAUCAACGAGACCGACGAGGCACAGUUAUUCUGUUCUUUCAAGGCCAAUCCAUCCAAUCUCACUGAUGUUAUUUGGUACAAAGAUGGUGUUGAACUGGUUGGUGACGAAAACCAAACAUUUGAAUUUUCAGUUUCGGGAGUUCCUACCCUCACUAUUCGAAACGUGUCCCGAAACGAUCAAGGACAUUAUUCCUGUAGUCUGACAAAUAGUAUUGGAGUAGGGAAUGCGAGCAACACAGUCGAAAUGAACAUUCUCU